AAUAUUGUAGCACCAGCGUUUCUAAAAAUGGCGUUCCAAAAGAAAGUCCUUCUUAUGUGUUUUGCUGUGUCGUUGGCGGUGGCCGGCAGGGCACCUCAAGCCGACCAGAUUGAGAUAUUGUAUAAAACUCUCGGUGGUAGCGGCAGAAUAUCUACUAAUAUUAUUGAAGAUGCAAGUUUAGAUGUUCCCGGUCUUAUUCUGAAAUAUAACUAUCCUCUAGAAGAGCAUACAGUGACGACUAUGGAUGGCUACAUCUUGCAAAUGCACCGUAUCCCACAUGGUCGUGACAACCAUAAUACUCCUGGUGAUAGGCCUGUUGUGUUCUUGAUGCACGGGCUGUUGUCUUCUUCAGCUGAUUACGUCCUCUUGGGCCCUGGUUGCGCCCUUGGAUACCUUUUAGCUGAAGAAGGCUUUGACGUAUGGAUGGGCAACGCACGUGGUAACUACUACUCACGACGUCACACGAGUUUAAAUCCUGAUAGUCUCCUAAGUACGGCAUUCUGGAGUUUCUCCUGGGAUGAGAUCGGAAAUAUCGAUGUUCCUACGAUGAUUGACUAUGCUCUAAAAGUGUCAGGUCGUGAAAGACUACACUACAUUGGACAUUCUCAAGGAACUACAGCAUUCUUCGUCAUGGGCUCGCUGCGCCCGGAUUAUAAUGCUAAGAUUAUUUCUAUGCACGCAUUAGCACCGGUCGCCUAUAUGGCGAAUAAUCAAAAUCUCCUUCUGCGGUUCCUGGCUCAGUUUGGUAAUAAUAUUGAAUUUGCUCUAUCUCUCAUUGGCGUUGGAGAAUUUCUACCUAACAACAAUGUGAUGACUUGGGCUGGCCAAUCAAUUUGUAUGGACGAAGUGGUGUUCCAGCCGCUUUGUAGCAACAUUCUCUUUCUCAUAGCUGGAUGGAGCGAAGAUCAACACAAUGCUACUAUGUUACCAGUUAAGUUGGGUCACACCCCAGCAGGGUCGUCCGCAAGACAAUUCGUGCACUAUGGCCAAGGUAUCACCGGCAGGGAAUUCCGGCGAUACGACUACGGCACCAGGUUGGCCAACCGGAGAGUUUACGGAAGCUGGAGCCCUCCCCGAUAUGACCUCUCCAAAAUCACAGCACCUGUCUUCCUGCAUUACUCCGAUAAUGAUCCACUAGCGCAUGUAAAUGACGUUGACAGAUUGUUCAGAGAACUUGGAAGACCAGUAGGCAAGUUUAGGAUUCCAUUAACCACCUUCGGACAUUUGGAUUUCAUUUGGGGCAAAGACGCUAAAACGCUUCUAUUUGAUCGAGUCAUUAAUCUUAUCAAGUCUAUGGAUGUUAAUAAUUUCGAUGGCAGAAUUUGAUUUUUAGCUAAUCCGGAAUAAAUGUAGCGCUAUCAAGUAUUACGAAUAGCAUUUUUUUUUAUUUACCACUGAUAUCGGUAAAAAUACCUCCUACCUGUUUGUGAGACUGAUAAUAAUAGAUAAUGUAUGAAUUUUAUAAGUUAGCACAAUUAAUUAAAUCAUAAAUGAGUAUGAA